AUGGGUUCCGGAAAAGGCUCUAUUGACAGUUGGGCAGCAGUGGUAAAAGCCGGAACUAUCAUGUUCGAGUUAAACGAAACAAGCCGAGAAGUAGCCCAUCAAGCCCUUCAUGCUGCUAGUUACAAAUUACCCAUCAAAUCAAAUAGACAUUACCAAAAGACAAAUGUUGGCUACGGGUUGAAAGGAGGAACCAUUAACGUGCCAGGUCGGAAACCCAAACUAUCCCGGUAUGCCCGAACUAUCCAAAUCCGGGGACAAUUUCCCGGGGAACCAGAGGAAGUUUACACCCGACUACCCAAACGAGAAUACGAACAAAGAAGAGAAUUAUUUGACGACCCGGAUUACUCGGAUAACCCGGUCCACCUAGCUGACUAUUCCUAUGACGAAUGA